CCUCCUGGAUACACCUACCCUGCCAUCGCCAUGGGUUACAGGAGCGGCACAUCCCCCCACCUUGUCCAAUUGGCCGAGCCAGCCGACCUGGAGGCGGUCCAGGCGGAGCCUGCUGAGAAUGCUCCCCAGCCUCUCUCCAGCCUGGGGGCGGAGCUAGAGUGUCAAGCCGUGGUGAGGCCCCUCCCACACCAGGAAGUGGAGGAGAAAGAGGAGGGGCAAAAGGAAGAGGAGGUGCAGAGAGAGGAGGUGGAAGCCGGAGUAGCAGCAGGCAGCUGUGGACCUCCAGAUCAGGAGCAUAGGGAGGAGCAGGAGGAGGAGGUGUCAGUGUGUCCUGCUGCGGAACUGUGUGAAACCGCCUCCUGUCCCAUCCCCAUCCCCCUCUCUGAGGAGGAGAACCACAGAGCUGACCCCACCUCCACCCUGGAGGAGCAGGAGGAGGAAAAGUGCAACGUGGAGAGAAGACAGCAGCAGGAGGUGGCAGGAGAACAGGAGGAGCCAGAGCAGGGCUCCAUCAUCAUCGACUUGGACCCUCCCUGCCCUGCCCAGCCCCACCAGGAGGCACAUACUGAGGUGGAAGAGGAGGGAGGAGAGGAGGAGCAGGAGGAGGAGAGUACUCCUAAUGAUGACAACCACUCAGUAGAGUUGGUGUGCCUCUCCCCCUCCUCUCCCUCUCCGUGCCCCAGCCAGUCUAUCAUCACCCUCUCCCCCUCCUCUCCCUCUCCGUGCCCCAGCCAGUCUAUCAUCACCCUCUCCCCCUCCCUGAAACCCAUUGUGCCUAGUUACUGGAGCCUAGAGCUGCUGAUCGCUGCAGCCUUCUGCGCUGACGUCCCUCCGUUUCCCAUGCUGGCCUCCAGCACCCUCCAGCCCCAGGCCUGUGACACCCAUCCCUGCCCCAGCCACCCCCACCACGGCAUGGAGCUGCUCAGCGAGCUGGCUGACCUGGAGCUCCAACAGCACCGACACAACACAGGAGACAGCCAAGGAGAGGAGAUGUUGAUCUUUGACCUCCAGAGUCUUGCCACCCUGGCAGCAGCCCGUGCCUUGGAGCUGGGUGCCCAGGAGGGUAGCGGGGAGGGCGCCGGGCUGCACUACCCGGCCCGCAAGACCCUCAACCUGCGCAGGAAAUGCAGCUGGACACCUCGCCACGAACCGGCAUGCCCGGCCAAGGGCACCAUGGAGAGGAUGGAGGGUCCGGAGUUGGCCAUGCGGGUGAAGCUGGCAGAGCUCCAGAGGCGCUACAAAGAGAAACAGAGGGAGUUAGCCAAGCUACAGAGGAAGCAUGACCACCAGAAGGAGGAAACACCUCGCAGCCCUGCUCGUAGAGGACCGGGGCGGCCCAGGAAACGUAAAUCAACCCCCGCCGCUGGCCCAGGCUCCUCCUCUGAGACCCAGAGAAAAGUCAAGUCGUUAGGGGCGGGACUUGGCCUGUCGCCCGAGGACCUGCUGGGAGGAGGGGGCGGGGACGCCCAGAGGAAGAAGAAGAAGCUGUCCAAUCGGGGCUUUGAGCGGCUCGGCGCGACAGAGAUAAAAGUGCAGGGCAGCAGCAGAAAGAGUGUCCUCCACGGUGUCCUCAGCUCUAAGCUGGCCCGUGACGUGGCCCAUCAGCAGCUCAGACAGCACAAGGCCCAGGGCGGGAAGAGGACUGGGAUGGGGGCGGGACCACAGGAUAAGGAGGAGGUGGCCUCUGUGGCUAGUUCCGCCCCCAAGCACCAUGGACAUCGAGGCCAGGCCACCUCUAAGGCUGAGUCCAGACGAGUCAUCAACGAGUCCGGCGGUCAGAGUGACACAGCAGCCAGUGCAGACAGCGGCGGCCAGGAGGGCUGGACGGGGACCCCGCUGAUGAUGCGUGGGGGCAGGAGGAAAGGGAUGGGGGGAGCUCUCGGGGUCCAGGGGUCCACACGGCUGCAGCAGCCCAGGGCCAGGGUCCUUCGAGCCAGGAGUCAGGAAUCCAUGGAGGGGGGAGAGACCUCCCCUACAGAGAGUGAAUCCUCCAACCAGGAAGAGGAGGAAGAGGAAGGAAGUUAUGACAGUGAUGAAGGACAAGACAUCAAAGCACAACCCUCCCGAGACGUCUCAUCACGCUCCGCCGUAACUGGUCCAUCCCCCUCGUCUGUCGUCAAGCUGGAGGCCAAUCAGAAAGCCCGGAACAAAAAAGAGAGGCAGGAGCUUUACGGUUCCCAGAGUCUGUCCGGGGCAGAGGGAGAGGUGAAGGUGAGGAAGAGGGCCCCCUGUAGGCUUGGCAUGGUCACUGCAGCCAAGAAGCACCCAGAGUACCAGGACCAGUCAGAGGGGGUGAGGAGGGCCGGCGGACCCAGGCCCCAGGAGCCUCGCCGGGAGAGCCUAGGGACCAGGGGCAGCCUCUACCGGAGGACCAUGGGGCCGGUCACCUUCCCCACCACCAGUGAGAGGCUGAAGAGGGCCACACGCAAGAACAACAUGCUGAGGGGACCCAUUAACAAGAGGAGAAGUUGCUGGUCAGGCGGUGUCCAGUCGCCUCAGAGUGAUGACAACACUUGCAGGGGGAGGAGGAUCAGAAACAAACAGCCCAAGGGCCGUGCAGUGAGCCGUCUACUAGAGAGCAUGGCGGCGGACGAGGGCUUUCAGAUGGACGAGGAUGAUAGCAGCUUCUCCGAGGGGGAUGAGGACAGUAACCCGUCAUACCCUCACAACCCCAGGAGUCCACUAGCAGCCCCCAGCUGUGUCCUGACCAAACAGCUGCUGACAGAUGGACUCAGGGUGCUGAUCUCCAAGGAGGAUGAACUUCUGUACGCAGCCCGGGUCCACACACUGGAGCUGCCUGACAUCUACAGCAUUGUUAUUGAUGGGGAGAGAGGAAACCGCCCCAGAAUCUACUCACUGGAGCAACUGCUGCAGGAAGCGGUCCUGGAUGUGCGUCCAGAGACAGAGUCGGUGCUCGCUGAGGGGACGAGGGUGUGUGCCUACUGGAGCGAACGCUCUCGCUGCCUAUACCCAGGCAACAUACGCCAAGGUGGUUCAGGGGAGGAGGGGAAGCAGGGAGGUGUAAUGGUGGAGUUUGAUGAUGGAGACAGGGGGAGGAUCUCCCUCCUAAACAUCCGCCUUCUCCCCCCGGGCUACCAGAUCCACUGUGCGGAGUCGUCCCCUGCCCACCUGGUGACUAGCGGCCGGGCGGCUCGGAGGAGCUUCAGUCUGGAAAAAGCCCCCCUGAGUGAGAGAGUCUCGGAGAGACAGGCCAGCACAGAGCCUGUCAGGAGACGACCAGGGAGACCCAAAGGUUCAGGGAAGAAGAAGAACCUGUCAGACAGCUCCAAUAAGAACGCAGCCCCUCUGCUCAGCUGGCCGGCUGUGGCCGUCCCCAGGAAGAGGGCCUGUGAAAAUCUGUUCCAGCUCAACGGGACUCCCAGGAAGGCCCUGAGGGGGACGAGGGAGGCCCACCUGUUCCCCCUGCCCCCGGCCCCUGUCUCUGCUCCGACCAAGGGCCUGUUCAGCAGCAGCUCCUUUGAGGUUGACUCCUUCAGCAGCAUCGCUAAGGGCUACUCCUCCUUCUGUAGCACCCAGCCCACCGGCAUGUCCCUGGGUUCCAGGACCGGGCCCUAUGUCCAGAGACGGAGGCCCAGCGAGGUGCCGCGGAGCAGCAGGAAGAGCGGUCAGGAGUUCCUGGUCAAACUGGAUCACGAGGGGGUGACUUCACCCAAGACGAAGAACAGCAAGGCCCUACUGCUGCUGGGCGGUGGCUCUGGGUUCGGGACCAAAGGCGUGGGCGGUCUCCCCAGGCCUGAGGCCUACUCCCACCCAGUCCUGCUGGUCAAGGACAACAGGAAGGGAGGUUCUGCCUCGAGGGCUGAGCUCCUCCUUAAGGGUGCCCCUCCUCCACAGAGGAAGGCUUCUCCCUCCCUGGCUAUGGGGGAGUAUGGUGUCGGCGAGCUGGGUCUCAGCUGCCAUCGUGACUGCCACAGCUCCUACUCGGACCUGGACGACGAAGAGGAGGAGGAAGAGGAGGAGAGGAGGAGGAGAAGGGCGGCUGCGCUGGCCACAGCAGCCUCUGGAGGCCUGAGGACCGCGGGAAGCUUCCUCUCGCGCCUCUCUGUCUCGUCCUCUUCCUCUGGUUCCUCAAGUUCGUCCAGCUCGGGCUCCAUGUCCAGUUCCAGCCUGUGCUCCUCGGAUAACGACUCGUCCUACAGCUCGGAGGAUGAGGAGAGCUCCACGCUGCUGCUACAGAGCUGCCUGUCCUCCCACCAUGGCCUGCUGCAGUCCCCCGAGCCCCCGGCUGCAGCCGGACCCCACCAGGGCCAACAGUCCUUCGUGGCCAAGGCCGUGGCCGUAUCCAACACCAAGGGAGGAGGAGCCACCAACGACCACAGUGCCAACAACAAGCUUCUCAAAAGGAAGAUGUGCGGCAGCUCGUCCCCCUCCAAACCUCCCAGAGACCUGGUGAAGAGGCAGAGGAUUAUCCCCGAUGAUGCAGGACCAAGACCCAAGAUGAACACGUUCCUACCGGGAAGACAGAUGUGGAGGUGGUCGGGGAACCCCACUCAGAGGCGGGGGCUGAAGGGGAAGUCCAAGAAGCUGUUCUACAAGGCCAUCGUACGGGGAAGGGACAUGGUGCGAGUGGGCGACUGUGCCAUGUUCCUCUCUGCCGGCCGGCCCCACCUACCCUACGUGGGCCGCAUCGAGAACUUCUGGGAGUCGUGGAGCUCCAGCAUGGUGGUGAAGGUCAAGUGGUUCUACCACCCAGAGGAGACCAAGUUGGGCAAGAGGCACCGCGACAGCAAGCACGCUCUGUAUCAGUCGUGCCACGAGGACGAGAAUGACGUCCAGACAAUCUCCCACAAGUGCCAGGUGGUGAGCCGCGAGGAGUAUGAGCACAUGACCCGCGGCCAGAAACCCAGCAGUAGCGUGACCACCCAAGGCCUGUACUAUCUGGCUGGCACCUACGACCCCACCAGCGGUCAACUGCUCACUGCUGAGGGGGUGGCCAUCGUCUGCUGAGCUGAGGACAUCUUGUCCUGAGGAUACUACUGAACCACCCAUCUGAUGGGUCUGAUGGGAAAUGAAGGUGAAGGUCCCCGCAGCUUUGCCUGAAGGUGCCUAUGGCCUGACUCAGUCCGUAGGAGGGUUCCCCAGAUGGGUCAGUCCUGGAGGAAGUGAAGGUCAAGGUGCCUGUGGCUUUGCCUGAAGGACCCCUGGCCUUAGUCAGUGCUGACUAGUGGUGGACGUCAGGGCCAAGGCAGGGCUGUCCCCUGUCUACACUGGAUAUCUUAACACACAUGGCUGCUAGACUGGGGUCUAGUUAGAAGAAGGGGAGGGGGUAGCCAUUCACAGCAGUGAACCCCAUUCUGCUCCCACCCUCACUGGGUAACUGAAGACAAAGAUCUGGGUCCUGAACAACCAGGAUCCAGGAGGUCAAUGACACCCGACUGACUUUCCAUUGGUCCAACUUAACAUCUCUUUAGUUUAGACUGAGGAUGGCAUGUUUGAGGGACGGUUUCACACCUGAUCUUUACACCACUCACCCAUCAUAGGUCACCAAAUUAGAGCUGAACGUAGGUUUGGAUUGGACAGCUCAAGGCACCAUUAGGUCCCUCCGGACCAGGCCUGUGGUGGCCUCAUUUCAGCUGAGUGCGUGAGUGAGUGAGUGAGUGAGUGAGUGAGUGAGUGAGUGAGUGAGUGAGUGAGUGAGUGAGUGAGUGAGUGAGUGAGUGAGUGAGUGAGUGAGUGAGUGAGUGAGUGAGUGAGUGAGUGAGUGAGUGAGUGAGUGAGUGAGUGAGUGAGUGAGUGAGUAGGUGAGGGAGGGAGGGAGGGAGGUAUGGGAUGUACUCUGCAUAGUUCGUCUUCGUGAUUCCAGGGAUGUUAAAAUAUGUAUAAGAUAUCGAUGAUAAAGAUGUAAAUAUUUGGAAUAAUUUUUCCAGUCAAGCCAUACACUUCAGUACCUCUUGUCUCUCUUAUGGAUCAGGUGUAUACUGUACAGGUCAAUUAUCUGUUGUUUUUGUUGUUGUUGUUGUCUAUAUGUAUAUAACAACUAUUUUAUAUAGAAGUAUAUAUGAAAGGUAUCUUUCCAUGUUUUUUUAUUGAUUUAUUUUUCUAUGAGGGGUGAAUAUGGCUCUUUGUGUUUUUCUUUGGGACGAUGAGCUGAAGAUGUAAAGGUGUUGCACUACACAUGACCUGCUGAGAGACAGACAGACAGACAGACAGACAGACAGACAGACAGACAGACAGACAGACAGACAGACAGACAGACAGACAGACAGACAGACAGACAGACAGACAGACAGACAGACAGAUAGAUAGAUAGAUAGAUAGAUAGAUAGAUAGAUAGAUAGAUAGAUAGAUAGAUAGAUAGAUAGAUAGAUAGAUAGAUAGAUAGAUAGAUAGAUAGAUAGAUAGAUAGAUAGAUAGAUAGAGAGAUAGAGAGAGAGAGAGAGAGAGAGAGAGAGAGAGAGAGAGCACAGAAAUGAGAGAAGGAUAUGACAGGAGAGGUCUCACUCUCUCAGAGAGAGGAGCCAUCCUGUUCAAGUGUAAAUGUGUCCUUAAAUGUGUUACUUUCCAUUUGUGUUAUUUUGUUUUAUAACCAUCUUUAUUUAUGUACUUUUCAGUUGUUCCUCGCUACAUAGCAGAUCCAAGUGGACUGCAUUCACGGGUUACAAAAGAAUACUAUUAACAAGUGAGAAAUACAGAUAUUUACAUAUAUUUAUUUUUAUUGGUAUUGAAAUACAUUCUAAUAUUGCCCUGGCAUCACUUUAACUAUGCCAUUGUGGCAUGCUCUCCACAUUAUUCAAUUCAAAAUGAGUUGGUCUGCAUAUGCAGGUGUAUAGAAGCGCUAUACUUCAAGUACACAUUUGGACCUGUAAAAACCAAAGCUUCUACUCUGUAAGAUCUUCAUUAAGUACUAUUGAAGUAGUACUUACUGAAGAACAUCAAGCAGCUGUGUUAUUCAGAGAUCACUGGGAACUUAAUAAUCAAACUGUUUCUCCCUCUGAGAAUACAAGACAUCCCCCUAUGUGCAUAUAUGGCUUUGCUUUGUGACAAUGGGUUUUCUUGCACACGUACCUGUAGCUCUGUGAGGUCCAAAGUCCCUGUGGCCAAAAUGCAUCAGUGACCUGAAACAGGUGGCUGAUAAGGUAAUACCAAGGUCAAGGUGCUGUCAACAUCAAAAAAAAGGUUUGAGUAUUGACAAUUUGUUGGAGAUUCAUCAGUUGGGUUUAUUGAUUAAUGAAUAGACAUGCCUCUUAAUUAGGAACACACAUGCACUCAAUGUUAACGGUGAAGGACAAUCAAAUUCACAAAGCAAUGGAUAUAGUUUAAAAGGCUCACUUAAUCAAAAUAUUGCUUUUAAAUGUUUUAUUUCAUUUUGUGCCAAAUACAUUUUGUCUCAGCCUCUGUUGUUUUGAUAUGCAAUCCUGACUGUAUUUUUAUGUUCUUACAGUUUUUUAUUUGCUCAUCAUCAACCUUUAUUUAUUGUCAAUGUUGCUGUUUGCUCGUCAAGCCAAGAGCUCUCUAUGACAACGUGAUGUUGUUUCUCCAUGUGAUGUCACAUUUGGAUUAGUUUGGUCUUUGAAGAGGCCGCGCAGUAAAAAGGAAUACAGGAACACUGGAUUAUUCUCAUCCAUAAACCUCUCUGAAUAACUUGAUGUUUGGACUGGACCCUCCUGCUCUCUGUCUGUGGUGGCGCGACUGACUGACUACAUCGCAGACGUUUCAUUGCAUCAACCAGUAGUUAUGCGCCAUGUCAUGGACUGCACAGUCCUACAUCAGAUUGCUAUGUCAUAUGAUGUGGUUAGCAGAUAUGUUAAACAUCUACACGAGUGUUGAGAUCUGGCAGGCGUCUGCAAUUUAGUCAGGCAGGAACGCCACCUAUGACUCUGCACCCUGGGUUUGAUCCCGGGCUGUAUCACAACCGGCCGUGAUCGGGAGUCCUAUAGGGCGGCGCACAAUUGGCCCAGCGUCGUCCGGGUUAGGGGAGAGUUUGGCCGGGGUAGGCCGUCAUUGUAAAUAAGAAUUGGUUCUUAACUGACUUGCCUGGUUAAAUAAAGGUUAAAAAAAAGAAGGGAAAAAAGCUCCAUCUCAGGGUCCCUCAGUGUCUGUGACUCUAGCUUCCUGAAAUAUUGACCUCCCAUUUGUUUCAAGCAACAUUUUUUUACGGUCUAAGUCCGAGAUGUGUGUGUGUGUGUGUGUGUGUGUGUGUGUGUGUGUGUGUGUGUGUGUGUGUGUGUGUGUGUGUGUGUGUGUGUGUGUGUGUGUGUGCGUGUGUAUGUAUGUUUGCGUGUGCUUGCGUGCAAGAUACUGCAUGCCUGUUAAGAGGCCACUGGAUAUGAUGAAAUUAGAAUGUAGUUUUGGAACUCCCGUGUCUUCAUUUGUAUAGCGAGAAAGACAGCCUUAGCAUUUUGUUUGGAGGCCAGGUGCUAUACUAAGAUGGCUCAGAGAAGUUGCAUUGAAAUUCAGUGAUUGGGCAGAAUAUUGCAAAGGCUCAUGGGCCAAAGGAAAUCAGGAUGCAGGAGCAUCUUUCCUUUCAACUCACUUUUGGUUAUAAGGGAACGGAAAUAUAAGGUGUGAAAGGUAUGGAGUGUCUCAGAGUUGUUACGGUAAAUAUUAACAUCAUUUUGACAUAUGUUUAUUAUGAUUAUUAUUUUAAUAUUGUUAAAUUGAAUUAUCUCCUGCUAUCAAUGUUAUAAAGACAUGUAGAUGUGUAUAGCAAGUUUGGGGGUAAAUGUUUUACAAAAAAAAUACUUUAAUAAUAUAAAUCUGUAAAAACUGUUUUAGUAUCAAGAUUUUUUUAUCUGAGUUAUGAAUAAAUAUCACAACUUAAAAUGA